AUGCGUUUGUCUCUCUAUUCAUGUUGUCUCUGUAUAGGGGCACGGCGAAUUCCUACUCCGUGUCUCUUCUCCUAUAUCUUUACACCAAAUUUGGCCCAUUUUCAUUCCCCUUUACGUAGUAGCGGUUUUCGGCCUGCCGGUGCUACGCGUUUCUAUAGCUAG